CAUGUUUGAGCACAGACUAUAGUUUAUUAUAAUAAGCAAUUUUAGUAUAUCUAUGUGUUAGAGUUAUUCUUUUCUAGGUAUAUUGUAUUCUUCCAACAAUACAAAAUUCUAUUGAAGUCUAUAAAUCAAUAAACCCAAAUAAAAUAUUUGUAAACCAAAUGUCUGGUAACUAGUGAUAAAUUAUACUAAUAUAAUUAUUGAAAAAAUGGCAACGGCAUUGGUAUCUGUAGAAUUUCAAAAUCUUACCUUGUCUGAAUGUUUUGAUCAAGGAUUGGCAUCUUACGAAAGUAUUUGUGAAUCCAUUGAACCAGCUAAAGAAUCUGGAACACAGGUUAGUCCUAAAUUAUUACAUUGUGUACCUAGGACCUUCAACUAAUUGAAAUGUAUUAUUUAAUUUUGAUUUCAGUAUAAAAUAAUAAAAUGCAUGAAAAUUUUGGAACAUACAACACAACUUGUGUCUGCAGCUGGGAUGUUCAGCGAUAAUGAAAACAUUGAGGAAAUACCAACUGCAGACAUCAAAUACAUGCUACUGCCGUUCAUGUUAGGAUCUUUAGCUUUAAAACUAACUAAUAAUGGGAACAGAUUAGAUGUUGUUAAAACAGCUGAAGUUUAUUUUCGUGACUAUCUUCAGAGGUAUAUUUGUUUGUUUCACAUUCAGGAUUAAAAAGUUACACUUUUUAUAAUAUUAUAGGUCUAAAGAUUAUGGAAUAACGGACCAUACAUUACCAUCUGCUUACACAGAUACUGAAGAAACAACUACCCAGACUGCAAUGGAUUUUUCUCUUAUGGCUCGUAGACGUGCAGAAAAAAUUAAAAACUACAAGGAACAAAAGCUAAUGGAGUCACAAUUGCAGCUACUGAAGGACCAAAACGAAUCUGAAUCAGUCGAUGACGAAGUAAAAAGAAAAUAUAUAGUUUCUUUGUUAAAAUACAAUGUUGGUAAGGCUUUGGAAGAAAUUGAUUCACUCCAAGCAGAAAUGAGAAUAUUACAUUAUAAGCUGAAACAUGAAGAUAAAGACAACCCUGAACAAGCAAAAGCUCAAAAGCUCAAACCAAAACCCCUAAUGCCUAUUAUUAUUACGAAAAACGAGUUGCAAAAACAAGUAUUUGGUGCUGGUUACCCUAGUUUACCGACUAUGACUGUUGAAGAAUUCUGUCAAAAACGUAUCAAUGAUGGAAUGUAAGUAAAAUAACAAUACAAUUCUAUUAAACAUAUUAUUUAUGAACUAAAAUAUAAAUUUUAUUUAGAUGGCAUUUACCUACUGCUGACAAUACUAAAUGUUUACAACAAUUAGCUGAUGCACCAGAAAAAGAGGAUGAGGACAAAGAAGACAAAAUAAAUGAAGAAGAAGAAGAAAAUGAAAGACAGAGAUUAAAUGCUCGUGAUGAAUAUAAAGAUGACCAUCGUCGAGGUUGGGGAAAUAGGCAUAAUCGAAGUUGAAAGGCUGUUAUUAUAAAUAUGUUUUAUGUAAUAUACCUACAUAGAUAUUAUAUUGUAUCAGUUUUGUAGAACAGUAACAAAAUGGAUAACUAUUUAACAUAUUUAAAAUCAUCCAAAUUGUGUAAAUAUAUUAAACCCAAUUAAAAUAGUGGUAAUCUUAAGAGUUGUAAAAUUCUUAUAAAUACAGCUUUCAAGUAAUUUGUUUAUGUUUAGUAAUAAUCAAAACAGAAUUUAGAUAUAUCUAUUUUUAAAAAAAUAUUACAAUUUAUGAAAUGAUUGGAUAAGUGCACAUUGCCCACAAGUUUUAAAGAUUAUUUUUGAUACUGAUUUUAGAAUUUUUUAUGAAAAAUUAUUAAAAAAGUUAUUGGAAAAAAAUAUAACUACAUAAGACCAGGCCUUCGGCGACCUCAAUAAAAUAAUUUCAUGUGGGAUUUAAAAGACAAACUUUAAAUCAUUAACUUACCUAUCCUAGCACUUCCCACUUGAUACUAAUACAAAAAUAGUGUCCUAAGUGUAAAAAUAAACCUAGCUACACAAACACAGAACUUCAGCCACCUCCAUUCACGAUAUCAUAUUGAUACUUAAUUAAAAGUAAACCCAAAUUUAUUAUAUAAAACCAUGUCUGAUGAUAACAGGGGUAAAAACUAGAGGUGAACUAUACAAAAAUAGUAUACUAUACAGUAAAUAAAG